UCCAUAAACACACCCUUUGAUCUGGGGUUGGUUCCUUCUGACUGUGAUGAAAUCUAAUCUUUUUUAAAAUGUUCUUUUCUUAAUGUCGUGACAUCUCAGAGCGGACGGAAGAGUGUUUCCCUGUGCAUGAAUUUACGGGAAGAGGUCACAGUGCUAUAUUUUGCCAAGAGUGCUGAACUCUCGGGAAUUCAUUCUGAGGUGCUUUCUGUACCACAGCAGCUAACUUCUUUGCAACUAUGGCAGGAAAUUGUUAAGAGACAUCCAAGGCUUGGUACCAUAAGAGAUCACAUCAUUCUUGCUGUUCGUCAAGAAUACAUCGUCCUGGGAGAUCAGCUUUUGUUCCUCGAGCCAGGCGACGAGAUUGCUGUCAUCCCCCCUAUCAGUGGGGGCUAGUUCCUGGGAUACAUACGCAGGUACAACCAGAAACCAUUUUGAAGGAAAGAAAGUUGUCCAACUUGAAUAUGAAGCUUAUAUUCCAAUGGCUGAAGCUGAAAUAAAGAAGAUCUGCAGAAAUAUUAGAAAUCAAUGGCCAACAGUUCAGCACAUCAGUGUUC